UAUGUUUUUAUUACAAUUACAUUAUACUAUUGUGCAAUGAAUGUGUUUUCAACUAUUGUUUUUCUUUAUGUACUGCAUGUUUUGGAUUAUCCGAUUGAAUAUAAUUUUAAUAGCCCAGGAAUUGUCGUGAGACCAAAAAUAGCAAUACUUCACACUUCUGUCAAUCAAAAAUAUUUUCUUGAUGAUAUAUAAAGGGUGUACCAAAAUUCCCUUGACAUAAAUUAUGAGAUGUUCACUGUCCAUUCGAAGCUGAAAAGUUCAGUGCAACAUUCUGAUUGUCGUGAGACCAAAAAUAGCAAUAUUUACUCACUUCUGUCAAUCAUAAUUAUUUUCUUGAUGAUAUGUACAAGGUGUACCAGAAUUCCCUUAACAUACAUCAUGAGAUGUUCACUGUCUAUUUGAAGCUGAAAAGUUCAGUGCAACAUUCUGAUUGUCGUGAGACAAAAAAUAGUAAUACUUCACUCACUUCUGUCAAUCAUAAUUAUUUUCUUGAUGGUAUUAUAUGGAGGAUGUACCAGAAUUCCCUUGACAUAAAUUAUGAGAUGUUCACUGUCCAUUUGAAUCAGAAAAGUUCAGUGCAACAUUCUGAUUGUCGUGAGACCAAAAAUAGUAAUACUUCACUCACUUCUGUCAGUCAUAAUUAUUUUCUUGAUGGUAUUAUAUGGAGGAUGGACCAGAAUUCCCUUGGCAUAAAUGAUGAGAUGUUCACUGUCUAUUUGAAGCUGAAAAGUUUAGUACAACAUUCUGGGUGUCAUGAGACCAAAAAUAGCAACACUUCACUCACUUCUGUCAAUCAAAAAUAUUUUCUUGAUGAUAUUAUAUACAGGAUGUACCAGAAUACCCUUGACAUAAAUCAUGAGAUGUUCACUAUCCUUUUGAAGCAGAAAAAUUCAGUGCAACAUUCUGAUUGUCGUGAGACCAAAAAUAGCAAUACUUCACUCACUUCUGUCAAUCGUAAAUAUUUUCUUGAUGAUAUCAUAUACAGUGUGUACCAGAAUUCCUUUGACAUAAAUCAUGAGACGUUCACUGUCUAUUUGAAGCUGAAAAGUUCAUUGCAACAUUCUGAUUGUCGUGAGACAAAAAAUAGUAAUACUUCACUCACUUCUGUCAGUCAUAAAUAUUUUCAAUAAAUCGUUUUGUUGAAUUAUGCUAAGGUUUCUAUUAAAUAUUUAUUUUGAAUAAUGGUUUAUUAGCAACUUAUUAAAUAAUAUUAUUAAAUAAUAA